GGCUUCCAAGAUGGGCCUCGGCCGUCUUGAACCAUCCUCCUCCGUUCAAUACGCGGACCCGUUUCCCUUGGAGAAAACCGAUAUCAAGAAAUAGGUACAAUGGAACAAAGGACUGCUAGUACGCGUAUAAAAUCAUUCCUAUUGCAUAGUAUAGCUACAGCUAAUCUUCUGUGGUCAAUCAGUUGGAUCCAUAAAAAUGGUGAUUUGGCUAUUCGAAAUUCAUAUGGAUCACAUUUUCAGCAUCUAACUAUAUUAUCCUUGGCUGUAACAAUGCUUACUAUGCUGGUUAGUUUGCUGGCUGACAUUACAAAUUGGAGGGUCUUCCGGAAAAUUAAGCCAGUUCUUUUAUACAUAGUCUGUCCUCUCGAGUUAAUUGUCACAAUUCUAUACUGGUCUAUUGUUAUGUACGAUCGUAGUUUACUCAUUCCUAAAAACAGGCCUGUUCAAUUACCCUUGAAUUUUGACUUGAGUGUGCAUUUGAUGCCUACAGUAUAUAGUUUGAUCGAUUAUUUCUUUUUUUCUCCUCCUUUCUCCUUGUCGCUCAAGUUGUCCACGUUGUUGUACCUUGCCGUGGCUAUCAGUUAUAUUUUGUGGGUUGAAAAAUGUUAUGAGGUUAACAAGUUUUAUGCGUAUCCUAUCCUUGCUAUAUUGCAACCAUUACAGAAGGGUAUGUUGUACGGCAUUGCCUGGAUCUUGUCGUUGCUAUCUUACAUUGCCUUGAAAGCAGUACAUCCCUACGCACUUCCUCUUCCUAAUACCAGAUAAUUAUUCUAGCUAAAUUGUUGUUUUGUGAUUUGGACCCGAUUAUACCAAUAUGCUUCUUGAUGAUACUUCAAUGUGAAGCAUUAACGUGGGCAAAUGGGUUUUCAGCUUUCACAGGCUCAUUAUAAGUUGUAAUCAUUAAGUAUUCUGGUAAUUUCCAUUUUGCACUGGCUGGUUGCCUACAUACAAUGUAGAAUAGAAGCUUUUCCACAAAACUUCACUUGAAAAUAACAAUAAUAAAAAAGCAACAGAAGAUUACAUACAUAAGAAAUUCUUGAACUUUAAUAUAAAGUAAGUAGUAUUCCAUAUCAUAG